UUACUGAAUCAGAUGGUUGUGGCUUAGCAGGACCUGUGGAUUCAUCAUUGUUCUCUGGCAUACCCAGGCUGACUAAGAAAGCAGCGUGUCACCAUGGAGAAUGAGCAGACACCAGCAACAUCCUCUGCAGUCACAACAUCCAACACACCGUCUCGGUCUCAAGCCCCACAGAUCUCAGUUUACAGUGGUACUGACAGGCAAGCUGUUCAGGUAAUCCAGCAGGCUCUACACCGCCCCGCUAACUCUGCUGCCCAGUACCUGCAACAGAUGUAUGCAGCCCAGCAACAGCACCUGAUGUUACAGACAGCUGCACUUCAACAACAGCACCUUAGUAGCACUCAACUGCAGAGCCUUGCAGCUGUCCAGCAGGCAAAUUUAUCAGGACGGCAAUCGUCUUCCCCCACAGGGAACGUCAAUCAACAGUCAAGCGUUUCACAGACCUCGAUAAAUCUGUCCACAUCUCCUGCUGCCCAGCUGAUCAGCCGCUCUCAGACAUCCAGCACAUCCACCAGCACAAUCACACAGCAAACCAUGCUCCUGGGUGGCACUUCCCCAACUCUCACUGCAAGCCAGGCUCAGAUGUAUUUGCGAGCUCAGAUGCUAAUUUUUACUCCUGCUACUGUAGCUGCUGUCCAGUCUGACAUGCCUGUUGUCACUUCCUCCUGUUCUUCCUCCUCCUCCUCCUCUGCUUCUUCUUCUUCUGCGCAGUCUGUGGGUGCUCAGGUACAGAAUUUGACACUCAGAACUCAGCCAUCAAGCACACUGUCAGUUUCACCAACAGUCUCACUGAAAAACACAAGCCAAGCACAUGUACUCGCUGUCAGUCAUAGCAAGGCAUCAGGUACAAGUUCAAAAGAGUCUGCACCAGAGAAUAAUAAGAAGGCAGAGAGUUCAAAUCCUGAACCUCGGAAUACUGCUGUUACUCGCGCACCCAGUUCUCAUCAGUUAAUAGCACCAGCACCUUAUCCAUCCAUCCAGCCUCAUCCUCUUAUUAAGCAUCAACAGAUUUCUCUGCAUCAACCUUCCCAAAAGGGGCCUCAUCAUCAGCUGGUUAUUCAGCAGCAGAUUCAACACAGACAGACUCAACCACAACAACUGCAAACAGUGACGCUUCAGAAUCCAAGUCAGGAGCCACCCAUGUCUCAGCACUGUCUGACAGUGCAAACCCAGGGACAACCUCCAGCUCCAAAUUCUUCCCCAUUACAUCAAUGCCCUUCCCCAGUAACGUCAGCUCAAACCCAACCCACUCAACAGACUGUAGUCGUAUCUCCUCAGAUAUCACAUUCACCCAGCCAGUCACCUAGCAUAAUUGUACAGCCACAGGCUCUUUUGCAGUCACAACAGCAUACCCUUGUAUUACCAUCGCACCAGGUAGAAUCACACCAACCACAACUGCAUCGAUCCAAUGGCAGCCCUGUGCAACUCACUCAGCAGGCUGCCAUGCCAUCUCAUCUGCCACCUCCACCCUCCCCAGUGGCACAUGUUGGCCCUAUACAGCAGUCAAAUCUGGUGUCAACAGGGCAACAAACUGUGUCACCACCUCAGCUUCACCCUCCUUCACAGACACCGGCAUCACUCUCCCCCCCUGUUCAGUUGUCCUCAACACCUCCUAGCCAGAUUCAGCCUUUGCCACUACAGUCUGUCCAGGCGUUAUCAAUACAGUCUUCUGAGAUGCUGCCGAUGGGCCAUGUACUAGCAGAGAACACGCUAUUGUCUAAGGAGGAGCUACCUGCAGCUGAAACCUUGAUCCAGAUGCCAUAUCAGACUCUUCCACCACCUCAGACCGUAGCAGUAAAUCUUCAAGUACAGCCCUCAACUCCAGUCGAACCACCAUUGGUUUACCAAGUAGAGGAAGUCUGUGAAGAAAUGAGAGCUGGGCAAGAAGACAUUACAGAACCCAGAACACCAACUCCACCAACACUGUCUCCAUCUGCUAUACCAAUAAUUAAUAAUGAGGAGUUUACCUCUGAAGAUAUCAUUUCAGGUGAAGCAGGACCUCUUCCUCUUACCAUGACAUCAUCAGCGAGUGCUUCGGUAAUAAAAUCAUCUGCAGAUCCUUCGCAUGCUUCCAUCCCCCAACCACCUUUGUUACUUCCAGCCAAUACUACAAGGAGCAACAGUAUCUCUGUCCCUGCUAGCCUUCCUAGUGCAGAAAGUAACCCCCCACAGGCCAUUGUUAAACCACAUAUCCUGACCCAUGUUAUUGAAGGUUUCGUGAUUCAGGAAGGGCUGGAGCCAUUUCCUGAGGGGGAAAGCAGACAGGAACUAAGUGUCAGGAGAAAGGCACUUAAAAGGGGCAGGGUGAGUCGCUCCUCCUUAUUGGUCGACCCUCCAGUAAAAGGCAGAUCUCAGUGUGAGGCAGGACUGAUGAUUCGUAGGUAUAUUGAGUCGGCAAAUGAUCUACAAAAUAGUACAGAGCAUCCUGAGAACUCUCCAGAUACACUUAUGGACAAUACCACAGAUGAAGGCAUGCAGGAAACUGAACCAGGUUUGCUGGAAUGCGAAUUCUGCAGGAAGAUAGGCUACGCUAGGAAAUUUCUGAGGUCCAAGCGAUUCUGUUCAAUGUCUUGUGCUAAAAGAUACAACGUAAGCUGCAGUAAAAGAGCAGGAGGGUUUAAGCCUGACAAGGGCAGUCGCUGGAACCGAAAAUCAGAAAGUCAAAGACUUGGCCAUCGUGGAAGGAGACUAAGUGGCAUUGAUGGGUCACAGAGAGAUCAUUUCACAAAACAGAUAUCUGGCACAUAUUCUUCAGUUGAGGAAGGAUCAGCAGCACACAGUCAACUACUUGGUGAGGAUUCUGUACCUGCUGGUAUGGUGACACGCCUACAGCGGCAGAGUGAAAGAGAGCGAGAGCGAGAAAUGCAGGAGCUAAGAAUAAGGGAAGUCACAGAAAAUACUGAGAUUCUGCAGGUAGUGCAGUCUGACCCAACCCUCUGGACAGUCGAUGAAGUGUGGGCCUUUAUUCACUCUCUGCCAGGCUGCCAGGAUAUUGCAGAUGAAUUUAAAGCACAAGAAAUUGAUGGGCAAGCACUUCUUUUGCUGAAAGAGGAUCAUCUCAUGAGUGCAAUGAAUAUCAAGCUAGGCCCUGCUCUGAAAAUCUGUGCUCGCAUCAAUUCAUUAAAGGAAACUUAAGAGUGAGAAUUGAAAGAUAAUUAGUAUCGAAGAAAAAAAUGCACAAUCACUUACAGGAGACACUUGUUUCUAACUCAACUUUUGAAGGAUUUAAUUUUGGAUUGAAGUUUGUAUUUUAAAAUACACACUCUACAUAUGAAAUCUGAUUCAUCAUAACGAAGUAGCACGAGAAAUUAUUUGCUGGAAACUUUAGCGCCAAGUGCUACUCUUUCAUUUUAGUAGAACGCUAUGACUUUUAAAAUGUUUCUUAAUUGCCUUUGAGAACAGCAUGUAUGACAAAGUUGUAAAUAUGUAAUUUCUUUUAAGGUGAGUAGCAUGUUUCCCAAGAUGCUUAGCAUUAUUGGGGCAUUGUAUUUUUGUAUUUCUUUAAUACCUGACUUUACUGCCAAUGCCCUUCUAGAGUAAACUUUUUGGUAAUGCAUUUGAGCUAAACCUUUUUUUUUAAAUGACCCUUUAUCUCAAAUUCAAAGCACUAGGAGAUCAGAGAUGAUGCAAAUAAGCGUGACAUAUCUGAUUAUAAAACUUUAUCUUGUUUGCAGUCUUGAUGUGUGAACUUUUGUACAAAUGGUUCCAUAGCUACCUAAUGAUCGGUGGUAUUUUCUGAUUUCAGUUGGCCAAUGCUGGGAUAUAUAAGAUAAAACAAACUUGAGUUGUAAAAGUUUGCACUGUGUAAGUUAUAACAAUGCUAAAGCAAGGUUGCAUUUUUUUCUGAUGUGACAAGAAGUAGUUGGUAGAUUUGGUUACUGCUUAUAUUCGGGGUUUUUUUUAUCCUUUAUUUCACAGAUAUGGUAAUUACCCAUGCAGUUUAUUACCUAGUAAAUUUUAAUGCACUAGAAGCAUAUUGCCACACAGGCUGUCAUCUUCAGCCCACACUGAUGUUUACUCAGUCUUUACCUAAAAUGACUUCCCUUUUUCUUCCCAGUGCCCUCAUAAGACAUACCUUGCUACAUGUUUUUUUUUUCAGCUGGAGGGAUAACCCAUCACUCUUCAGUUAUGGGAAUCUGGUAAAUAUCUUCAGAAGUCUUAGCUUAGUGUAUCAGUUUAUUAUUUUUUACUUACUUUUUCAUCAUGCUAGCCAGCUGCAAAAGUGUCAGUUUUAUAGUUGAACCCAUUGGUUUGUUCUCUCUUCUCAACAGCUGGACUCUUUUUUCCUGGGUUAAAGCUGACUGCAGUUCUGCAUGUGUAUAUUGUAGUGGUGGCAUUACCUCAGAGGUUGUAUGCCACUUCUUUCAGAGUAAUGAAGUCUCCUGUAGGUGCUCAGGCUUCCUUCCAUCGGAGAUUGCCCAGCAGCCUAGACAAAUUCCUAAUCUUUGAUAUGCACGCAAGCCCUAUGUGGCUACUUUUUCAUUCUGUGAUCUUCCCUAAUAAAAGUAAUUCAGUUCUAGCUGGAUGAUUUUGAUUCCUCUUAUUUUGUAAAAGAAAUGCUGAAAGAGUCAGUGGAAGCAAUAAGUGAUGAAAUGCUAUGUGUCGGUAGAAUGUUCUUUGAUCCAUUUUCAGAGUGAAUUGUUAUAGUUAGCUGGAUAACAUUUACUAUAUUUUGAUUUUCUACCACGGCAUUAUUUUUAUAUAUUGCAUCAGUACCGUACCUUACCAAUUCUGAUUUUGCCAACAAUGGAGCAUUAUUAUUAUUAUACUGCAUAGUGUUAAAUAUCUGAAAGCAAAAUUCACCACUCUUAGAGACCAUACAAAUUUCUACUUAUAUGAUAUGCUGCUAUGCACUGGAAAUGAUUGAAAAUUACUGCACUGUUAAGUGAAUUAUGCUGCUAGUCAAAGUGGGAGGUACAGCUUAGAGUGGUAUGGUUUGCAAUAUGUUAAAAGACUAUACAGGUAUUAUUGUGUUAUUGCUGCUGUAUGAUACAGAUAUAUAGGGUAGUUAAAGCAGAUGAAAUUCUGGGAGACUAGCUUUUUUAAUUGAAUGUUGAGGUCUUACUGCUGUUGCUGUAGUGAAGUACCAUAGAAAUCAGAAUUGUGGCUUGCCUGUUGAAGACAGGGAAUUACCAUUGAUACACCAGUAAUUCUCAGCUUAGCAUUAUGUAGUACUUUGUAAAUGGACAUUAUACUAUUAUGUCUCAAAUAAAAAGGAACACAAAAAAUGUAUAAUUAUGUAAUAUGUUCCAAGCCAAAUAGAAGGCAUGUAAAAGAAAAAAAGUGCCAUAAAUAAUUAUAUGAUGUUGUCAUAUGUUACCCUUGUGAUUAUAUAUUUUAUAAACAUUUCUUUGAUUAAUUUA